CGCCUCGGCCGUCGUGCCGCGCCAAGUUGAUGGACAUUCGCUUGGCCUUUCGCGCCCAUGCAGAGAAUCUAAUCCUCCUCCUCUCACCAGACGACGACACGUAACUGUCGCAGUGUCACCCUUAGAUGUCCACGUGUCGUCAUCUUGUAAGACGUCCCCAUGCUACCCCAGUGCUUCAUCUCACCCGUCGAAUUAUUCCUACCAAAAGUACCAACCAAGCCGGGAAAUGCUCCCGUUGACGCAUUUGCCACAUCCACCAUUCUCGAAGCGCCACGUGGAACAGAACAUCUAAUCCUAGCCGUCGAUUUCUUGGAGAUUGUCGCCCACGUUGGAAUCACCUAUAAAUUUGAAAGAGUCGCAACGCAUCCUUUCGUCUUCUCCGUUUUACUUCAAAAUAGUCGAAAGGCAUCCAAGGUUUUGAAAGCAGAGCAAAAAUGGCGGAUUCUGAAGCAUCCCAGUCUACAGGAACGGUGCGAGUGGACGAGAAGAAUCUGAAGUAUUUGGAAUUCGUUCAAGUGGCGUCGAUUUACGUGGUUGUGUGCUUCUCGAGCCUCUACGAGUACGCGAAGGAGAACUCCGGUCCGCUUAAACCGGGUGUUCAGACGGUGGAAGGCACCGUCCGAACCGUAACUGGACCGGUCUACGAGAAGUUCCAAGACCUUCCCUUCCAACUCCUCAGAUUCGUCGAUCGCAAGGUGGACGAGUCCUUGAGCGAGGUGGAGCGUCACGUGCCGAUUCUGGUGAAGCAGGUGUCGAGCCAGGCGCUAUCGGUGGCGAGAGCGGUGGAGCGAGGCGGCUUGGUGGACACGGCUAAGAACCUCACCGGGAGCUUGUAUGCUAAAUGCGAGCCGGUGGCGGAGCAGGUGUACUGCAAGUACGAGCCGGUGGCGGAGCAGUACGCCGUGUCGGCUUGGCGCGCGCUGAAUCGGCUCCCGCUGUUUCCACAGGUGGUUCAUAUAAUGGUCCCCACCGUGUCGUACUGGUCCGACAAGUACAAUCGGGCUGUCGGGUACACCGUCAACAGAGGCUACUCCGUGGCGGCGUAUCUUCCGUUGAUUCCGACGGAGAGGAUUGCCAAGUUGUUUGAUGAAGCCGAGAACGGGGUUGCCGUUUCGACGAACGGUGGGGAUGUUGUAGUGGAGCAGUGACGACCGUUGAUCUGGGUUGGCGGCUUUAUGGUCUUUUGGGUUUUCUCGUUCUUUUCCUUGUGUGAAGUUUAUUUUGGGCCCCGUUUUGGAGGUCUUGUUUUGAAUUGUAGUCCGAAGUGGUAACUAGUAAAU